GCAGAGCUAGAUUUUCUUCUUUCUUUAUUUUUAUUUUUUCUUCCCAGGAAAAUAUUUUUCUUAUUUUCUAAUGUAACAGCGCUGUGAGUCUCUCUCUGGCCCACUUUAUACGUAAUUUCUUUUAUGGUUUUGUUUUUUCUAUAUUGCAUUUGCAUUUGCAUUUUGAUUGGUGAUUGUGAUAAACAUUUAAAACAUUGACGCUUCUUCUGUAGCAGCUAUUAAAAAGUUUUGAUUUUUUCUUUUUAUUUUGUGUUUAUCCCUCUUCUCUGAGACUCAGAUCAUCCGACAGAAAUUUGUCUGGUUACAGUUUCUAAAUAAUACUGUAAUUGCAUAGAAUGUCUGUCCUUUGCUCUUAACUAGAUCUUAUUUAUAUAUUUUUUUUUACUAGAUUUGAGGCAAAGUAAUGUUUUUUAAUUCGAGAGGACAUGUUUCAUGUUGUGACUUUGUUUACUAGUGCUUAAAAAACAUGGAUCAAUCUAUGGAUUGGGAAAACAUGCCUACAUAGAGAGAGAAAUGAGAUCCAAAUUUUGUGAAUCUAGCAUUGUAAAAACUUGGACCUUGACUUGAAAUGGGACCUUUUGGGAUGGACACAACACCAGAGUUUCCUGAUACUUUUGCUGGAUUCAAGUCUGGCAGUGUUGAUGAGAUUCUUGGUCAUUCAAUGGAGGAUAAAAUGAGUGACAUGAAGCAUUUCCUAAUGGAUCCUAAUCAUGACAAUACUGCGGUGAACAGUUUCUUAGGUCUCGGUAUGGAGAAUAUGGGGUUAAGCACCAAGAUAGAGGAAUUUUCUCAUGGAUUUGACUUUAGCUUUCUCCCAGAUUAUGGUGGACUAAACUCUUAUAGCACUAAAGAUGUGGAAGCAGGUUUAAAGUUUGACAUUCUUGAUGGAUUUCUGGAUGGAGUCGACGAAGUGGAAGAUAUCUACGCAUCACAUGAUCUUUCUUCUAUUGGUAACCAUUUCCUUCCAGAAACUGAAGUCAAGAAGAAAGUAUCUGAAUUAGAUGGUGACCCCUAUGGUCUUGUGAACUUGAGUUCAGAAUCUUUUUCUCCUGGAAUUAGUGGAAGCAUUGGACUCUCGGAGUGGUCAAAAGAAACUGUUCCACAUGCUGAAUCCCAGAAUGUAUCCAGCGAAAAGUUUAAAGAUAGUUUGGACUCAAAUGGGUCAGAAGAUGACAAGAAACCACUAUCCACUUUUAUAGGCUCUUGGGUUAAACGAGGCAAAAAUCGGAAAAAGAAUUUGCUCAACACCGCUUGUAGGAGAUUAGAUUCUUCUCGUGAAAGAAUGUCUUGCGUGUCCUAUGACUUCAGGCCCCGGAAAGGACCUAUGAAGAAAUACAUUCACACUUCAACUGAGAAUACAUUUUCUCAGUCAUACACACCAAUCUUGUCAUUGGACUCCAUUUCUCUAGUAACAAAGACAUCCAGAACCAGAAGUGACAGGAGAAAGAAUCAGAGGAUGUGGACUGUUGAUGAAGUAAUGAAAUUGGUUGAUGGUAUUUCUCACUUUGGUGUAGGAAAAUGGACCGAUAUAAAGAACCACUUCUUUCAUUCUGCAGCGCACCGCACACCGGUUGAUAUCAGAGACAAAUGGCGUAAUCUACUGAAAGCAAGUUAUAACGAUAGAGAGGCUGAAGAAAAACGAAAGUCAGUGGCUCGCUCUAUACCGAAGGAAAUUCUACAUCGUGUUAGAGAACUUGCUUCACUCCAUCCAUAUCCGUUCUCCAAAUCAUCUUGUUUCGUUCAUGAUUCCUCAAGAAGCCGAAGCACUUCAAGGAAGAAGAAGAAGAGGAGUUGAUAUUAAUAGUUUUCAUGGAGAAAGCCUAGAGAAGCUGUAAAGAUACUAAACUAAAAUCGACCCGAAUCGUUUUAAUUGUCUUGGAAAGUAAAAGUUUUAGGAUAUCAAUUUUAUCUGCAUCAUCAAGGUUGUUCCAUGUGAAGUUUCUGUUAAUGAAACCGAGAAUGACUUCAAUUCAGAAAAGCAUUUUGCUUAUUUCCUCUA